AUGCGUGCCCUCGCUCCAACUGUCGCAGGGAUCCAUGUGCCUAAGAGCGAGCGGGACAGACGGACGUACCGCCACGCGCCGACGACCUUUGACUGCGCCCGCCCUUGGGGAGAUGUGAGCAUCACGGGACUCGUAGCACGGCGCACGGGAGAGUCCGCCUCCAUCCCUGUACCAGGCCAUGCGAACGGUGACAGCCUCGACGCUGGCACAAAAGCAAGCCAGCCACUUGACAGUUGGCACUUCUCCAGACACGGUUGA